UAUUUACUUCAAACAAAAUUAAAUAAGUAUUCUUUCUUUUUUUAAUUUAUGCUGUGGGCAAGUCGCUUUAAACCCUGUAUAGUUUUUUUUUCGCAUUUUUUUCAGAGUUACUCGACCGUGAGAACUUAAUAUGAUAAUUGUACUCGGUUAUUUUUAUCGCACUGUCAAAGUUGAGAAAACAUCUCGCGUCACGAUUGAGUAAAAACCUAUUGUGUGAAAUGAAGAGUAAAAUUAUGUACGCCAUUAUAUAGGUUUCGUUUUUAAAUGAACAACUUAUAUGACAUGUAUAUAUAUUUUCGUUUAUAAUUCAUCAACUUUACCAAACGUGCUUUCUGAUCAACAGAAGGUUAAAGACUGAGAGUUAAAAAACAAGGAUAUUGCAUAAAAGGACUUUUUACAAGGAUACAUGGUUUGUCUGAAUGCAGACAUGAUGAGAGCUUCAGUGGCUUUGUUCUUGUUCCUGCUGACACGGACCGUCGCUCUACCGACCAAAGAUGGAAUAAAUAACACGACGCAACCUAGUACCACGAAACCUAGGACUGCCACCAUUAUCAAACCUCCAGCACAAUCUAUUCUUCCGACGGUUAAGAAUGACCUGCCAUUAUCACCACGUGUAAAUACCACCACCUCAACAACAAAGCCUCACACCGCAACAAUAUUAAAACCAAAGGCAAUAACGGAAUCACCGCCAUCUAACUGGACUAAUGUAUCUCCGGUAGUUGCUUCCAUUGAAUCUUUAGACGGACAGCAACCAUUUGAAGUGCCAUACGUUGCUGCUUCUAUAUUGAAAAACUGCGAGAUUUUACCCGAGGACCCUGAAAUCACAUCACGUAUAAAAGAGACUCUAAAUAGUGGAUCGAAAAUGAUCAAAUUUAGUUUGCAUAUUAAACACGAAGAAAGGCGUUUCCAUGGUUACAACGAAAGCAAUAUGUAUAAACCCUUCUACUGGGUUCGAUCCACCGGACGCCAUGGGACUGGCCUUUUACUAUUAAGACCAGAAUACGAUGUUCUGUCUUUAACCACUCUAGAGCUUGGUGUAGAAACAAUGCACGUGAACGUUACUGAAAAUCCUAGUAAUUGCCUCAGCCAGCUUGCAUACACGGACAUAGAGGUGCUGUUUAGGGAGCUAGUUAUGAACGACUUUCAAAAUACAAGUUCCGGUGAAAUUGUAAAACUGAAACCUACGGACCAUGUCUGUAACAUGCACGUGACGGAUAAUGAAGGUGUUGCGGAUUUCAGAUUUCUAUGUUGUCAAAGAAGCGAAACUAAUCAUAUAAGUUGCAGUUACCUACAAUCUGACACAUGGCUCAAUGUUCUAUUCUUCGUCAUUGUACUGUUGAAAGUUAUCGUGGUUUUGUUCAGUCCAAGAUUAAUACCCGAUUCAUUCUAUCGUCUGAAACAUAUAGCAGCUCCUUAUAUACACAGAUUGGAAAAACCUCUUUCCAUAACUACUGUUGUAACAACAGAUCCUAAAAGAUACACAAACGUAAAGAACCAGUUUAAAUUGUCAAAAUUCAGGGAAAUGAAGAACUUUAAGACAACAUUGCAAAACCUGACACUCGAUUUACCUUAUGAACUUAAAAUGAAUCAAGUUCAUCUUCGGGUUAAAAGUGGGCGUUUGCUGCCAGAGGAUUCUGCGCCAGUUGGACUAUUUCGGACAAUGCAUGAAUCUUUUUUCAAGUGUAAAAUUCGCGAAAGAGCUGCUCUUGCAGAAUGUUGUAAUUCCAACUUUUUCACGUUUUCUUAUUGUCAUAACAAAACCACAUCUUGGUAUACGGUUUUAAAACGUUUCAUGGCAGCGGUUCUGCUUAUUUUUCUGGCUACACCUUGGAUUAUCCGAAUGUAUGUUUACUUUCGAUUUGAAGACGCAGAAAUGCAUAUGCGGAAACAAUUUGCAGCCGAAAAAUCACUACGCUUCUAUUUCCCGGGAAAUUUUACUCUAUUACUUACACCCUUACAUGUUUUGUUCGUCAUCAUAUACAUUCUCUUGUGCUUCGAGUCCUGCAUAUUCGGUGUUAUGAGUCGUAAGAUGAAAGAACAAUUCAAAUUCGUUCUCCGGAAGUGCUUCAGGGACAUGCGUGAAAUGAAACAAAUGGACGUAAUUGGUUGGCUAGUUAGGAUAUCCGUGAAACCAUGCACAAUGUUUGGUGGAAUUGGAAUUUGUGUUGGACUUAUAUCAUGGACACUUACACUGCCGUUUUUGUUUCUUAUCCUAUCGUUCUACAUAUUUCCAACUUUAAACGUUACAUUGCGGCUUCUAGCUCAUUUUGCGGUGUAUCUUUUCCCAAAGAACGCGUGUAGUGAGAUAAGAUUAUUUGCUAGACUUUCAAAAUACAUUAUCAGUAUAGAACAAAGGCUAGAUAUGGAACAGAUUGCUACAGCUGAAUCGUUAGAGAAGAACGAAUCAGUUUUGAGGUCCGGGUGGAAGAGAUUCCAACAGUUGAUCAUUAUAUUAUUGUGCCUGCUGUCCAUGUAUUCAAUAAUAUUUCUGAUGACAGAGUUCGUGUCAUUCAUUGUGGAAAUAUUCGUUUAUACUUUAAUGGGCCUCAUUCUAAAUGCAUCAAUGACAUUAACAUAUAUCUCACUAGUGUUCCUACUCUGGGUUUACGGAAACGACUGCUUUGGUGCUGUUAGUAAAAGAUUUCUUGCAUUUAACAAGACGAUGAAUGCUGCAAUUCUAGAACUUGGUAAGAAAAAGGUUGAAAAUGAAAUUUAUUUAGAUGACGAAAAACAGGAGAACAUUGCAUUUAGAGUGAAGACUGAGAGGGCGGAGAAAGUCGAAAAUCCGGUACAACUUGUAACAAACGCGGACUGUUUACCACGAUGGGAAAUUUCAAGACUUGUUUUGUUCCUUAGUAAGAAUGACCGGCCUAUGAUUCCAAAGACCUUUUAUUUCAAGUCCUGUAAGAUGCCGUUCUACAGUGUUCCCGGAGAACUUCUGAUGAAUUACUUAAAAGCAGCAAGUGAGUUUGGAAUGAUUUUAUUAUUCCUUAUGUUUGUUCUUGUUGUCGUUCUCGCGUUUGGAGACACUUACGAGAUUUCAGCUACCAAUAAAAUGUUUGCUACAAUCGCUGGGGGAUUUUUGCCAUUUAUGUUAAGAAACAUUGUGUUUAAAUCACAUGCUGUACCGACUGUGGAUAAAGACAAUAUGCAUUUUCAAGUAUGUCUACACGGCUUGUUAGAUGACCACAAGCAGACGUGGCCAAUUUACGACAUUGAUGUCGUAAACAGACAGAUUUUGGUUGAUAGUAAGUCUGAAAACGGAAAUGGGAGCGCUGUAGAAACAACUGAUAUUGAAACACCAGAAACAAACCCAUUUAUUGACAAUGGCAGCCAUAGAAACGGUAAGACAAAUAAUGAAAGUAUUGAUUUAUUGAUAAAUAUUGCAAGUGAAAUAGACAUUGACGAUUUUCCUGGAAUGAAUGAUGUCAAACACGGACGGGCUUAUAAUGGAUCUACUUCUUUACUGGAUGAUUUGGAACCGGAAGAAAAAGAGAUGCGUGAAAUUCUGAAAAAUGUGUAAAAUAGUAUUAUAAUAAUGUGUAGCCUAAGUUGACAAAAAUAAAUCUGUGAAAUGUAUUAAAAUAGUAAAGUACACAAAUAACAAACAAAAAAGAACUAUUAAGAUUUUUUAAAGUGUGGUCAUUAUUUAAGAACUUUCGCCUUUCUAGUUUCAAGGUAAUUUGUUUAACUGCAAACUGUACAGGAACUCUCUUAUUCUACUUUCUGUCAACUAUUAGUUAUCGUCUUAAUGCAGCAAUUUCAAUAUCUCUGCUCACUAUUUUAUUACUUAACAAGGCAAUUUUAUGGACCGAGAUUCCAUAACUCAUUCUAAAUGCAUCAAUGACAUUAACAUAUAUCUCACUAGUGUUCCUACUCUGGGUUUACGGAUUGAUGACUGUUUCAAUACAUUGAGAUUAUUGUAAUUUAAGUACUAGUGUCAAUAUAUUUUAUUACUGUACACAUUUAAAUCUCUACAUAGUUGGCAAAUGUCGAGUUUUUACUUUUAGUAAUCAAUGUAUCAUUAAAGCGGCGAAUCCGAGAAAAUAUAUGAAAAUAUAUGAUAUAGAUGUAAAAGGUAACAUAGUUACCUACAUUGAUUAGUAAAUAAAGUAUUUGUAAUAUGGCAGGGCAGGUAUUUGAGGAAACAUUUUAGUUUAAGGAAGAAUAUACUAGUAAUAGGUAACAGAAACAAAUUCAUCAGUCAGGCAAGCUUCAAAACAUUUCUGUGAUAUAUAGAUGAUUAUUUCAUCCUUCAGUUUGUUUAAGGUAUUAUUAUUGAUUUAUUAUCAUAAUAACAUGACAUCAUGUAUUACAGAACGACAGAAACGUUAUUUUUGUGUACUUGUUAUUGGAGUGUCUAUAAUAAAACCUAAUUAUGUUUAUAUAACAUUUGAAUAGUUCAUUUCCGUCCUAAUGAUGAAAUAAAAAAACGCGCAAUUGUAAUUUUUCUUCUUUCAUUAGCGAGAAAAGAUCACAGCAUACAUAUAAAGAAUGAAACUACGGUCAGUUUUCAGACGCAAAUAUGUUAAAAAUAUAAGAUAAAUUGAAAUCUUAUGACGUCAUUAAAUUAUUUGUAAGUAUGAAGUUAUAGCCUAGUGACAAAUAUGUUUUGUUUAAAUAAAAACAAUUAGGAAAGUGUUUUUUGUAUUCAUUUGAUGUACUGUUUUUAUGCCCUGCUAUUGUACUAGUAAUAUAUGAAUACUGUUAAUAUAUUUGUUUUUAUAUGCAUGUAACUUAUUUUAUGUUUACUUACAUACAGUUGUAUCCCAAUGACAAAUAUGUAAGGUUGAACUAAGGUUGAAGUUAUUGAAAUGAAACUAAAUGUGAGUGUAAAUUUUGUAUUCAUAUACAUUCUCAUAUCCUACUUAUUUUACAUAUAAAUUGUUGUUUCAUCUUUUAAUUCGUUUAGUUUUUAGAAUAUUUUUAUGAGAUAUAGGUGUAUUAUUUAGCAGAAGAAUUUUUGUGUACAAUAAGUCUUUUAAUAAAAAUGAUGUUACUAAGAUGUUGAUAGCUUUUUUUCGCUAAACAUUUUUAAGUAUAGGUUUUUACCUUGUAGAAAGUUAAAAAGUUUAUUUAGAUAGUUGUAUUUAUAUUAAACAGACAGCUGACAACUUGUAAAUGUAUACUGUAUUUAUAAAUAGCCUAUCACGUCAUCUUUACAUUUGUCUACAUAUGUUGAAUAUGAUUUGACUUCUAUGAUCCGAUAUUAUCAUUCUCUAUGCAUGUGUUUAAUGUAUUUUCUUACUGCUUAGCUAAUUUUAGAUGUUUAACAAGUUGUUUUAAUAAAAUGUCAAACAUUAUAUUCUAAUUAAAAUGUAAAUACAUGUA